CUCUCGAUCCGGUGCCAUGGGCCAUCGGGGCUGUCGUCCAUCUCCACGGCAUCCAGCAGCAAGCGGACAGGACAGGACAGGCAAGGAAAUCGAAAAAUCAUUCCCACAAUCGGUAGGUGCACCAGUCUUUAUCUCCAGGCGUCCAUUCUGCUUUAACAUUCGCACUCACGCUGCCUCGCGCGGAUGUUCGUUGACCGCCUAUCCACCGUUCCGACGGCGCCGACAUCACCUCUCCUCGCGACACACUGCUCGCCGCGGCCACCUUCUGACUCACCCGCCACCGCAUCGUCCUGCGGCUGCCCUUCUCGCCGCCACCUCCUGUGCACCUCACCCGCCGCCGCAACAUCCUCUGCCCUGCCCGCCAUCUCCGCCGCCGCGACAUCCUCCCCGUAGGCACUUCUCCCCCGCAGCCCCCUCUUCCUGCCGCCGCCACCGGAUUCGAGCAGUGUUCUCCGCCACUUCUUGUGCUUCACCCGCCGCCGCAACCUCCUCCGGCUGCCCUGCUCGACGCCAGCUCCUCCGUCUCCCCUGGCCAUACACCUGAUCUGCAUCUGACAUGGCUUCAUAAAUUUUCUUUUUCAGUUAUUCAGUUCAUUGUACUUUCUUCGAUGCCAGCUACCUCCUUUUGCUCACUGCUGCUAACUCUGUCUGCUUCUCUUCUUGGUCAGUUGUUCAGUUGCCAGAAUAGGGCAGCAAAUAACAGAAAGUGUUUUAUCACGUUUCAAUUGAUGCUAUCUGAUCGUUGUGGCUCAAUGGAUCUUUUGACUGUCUGUCUCUGAUUGUUUGUAACUGAUGAGCCUACAUUCUGAACUGGAACAGACAUCUCUGCGGGAGCUCACUACUCUUGGAAUCAAGAAUGCUGAGAAUUUGGCAAUUCCAAGUGUUAGAAAUGAUAUUCUAAUCCUGCAUUUUCAGAACAAGCAGUUCAUAUGCACUACUGUAGCAUAAUUCAGCCAUUGCAGUCUUCUGCAAGCAGCAAUUGGAGCGUUCUCUACUGUCUUCCUGACUACCAGGAAAGAAUUGCUAGGCAUGAAGCUGCUCACUACUUGGUCGCCUAUUUGAUUGGCCUCCCUAUCCUUGGAUAUUCUUUGGACAUCGGAAAGGAACAUGUUAAUUUGAUAGAUGAGCAGUUACAGAAGCUAAUAUACAGUGGGCAGCUUGAUGGAAAGGAACUAGACAGGUCCUCCGGCUGGCCUGACCCCACUGCCUCCUCCUCCUGUCAUGCGAUUCAGAUUCAAGGUGGGAGCAGAUCAGUUUUGAAAUGUUUUGUCAGGAGCAUUUCGCCGAUCUUUUGUUUCGAGCGAUGUGUUCAGAUUCAAGACUAGUUAAUCGGCUUUGGUUCAUCUAUCCUAGGUUUAAUUAACUGAUUUUUACCAGGCUUCGAUUUAUAGGAUAUGAUUUAUACCAAGUCCUUUUUGUCUAUGAUUGAAUACCCAGGGCAUGUCUGUUUUUAUGCUUAACUGUAUAGGCAUUGUUGGAAUACAAUGACUAUUGGAAAGGCACUGGAACACCAGUUUGCAGCAAUGAUGUGAAUGGAGUCCGUGGAAGGCAGAGAACUCUGCCACUGAACUCAGUAUAAUUUUGUUAGGCGGAGACUCCAUUAUAGAUUGUGCUAGUUUUCCAUGAGAACGCUGGCAUAGAGCUCCAUUUUCUCUGAAUGUUUAAUUAUAGGAGGUUUAAUCCCCUAUCAUGAGCUGGAGUGAAUGUCCUGUGGUUAAUCCUUCCUUCUUUUCCGAGUUAUGUCUCUGUGCCAACAAAACCUUGUUGUAUCAGCACCUUUACCAGAUAUAAAUUGAAUAGGAAAUAAGGUUUCCAAUUACUUAAGCACGAUGAUUCAGGAGUUACAGAUGUGUGUUAAGUUGGUCAUCAUUCUGAAUAAAAAAUUCACAAUAAAACGUGGAACUGAUAGGUCCUUUGUCUAUGCUUUAUUCAGAUGUGAAUUUUCAGAGAGAUGUGAAAUAUUGUUCCCAAUAAUAGUUCUUUCUUUCGGUGGACUGUUCCUUCCUUUAUUCAUCUGGACAAAGUGUACUGUACAAAUGCUAGUAGUCCAGAUUCUCCUCGUACCUCUGCGUCCUCACCAAGGCCGGCGCCGCGCACGCCGCCACCAUCCUCGCCACCGCCCGCCGCAGCGGCACCACCCUCCGCCGGCGCAGCGGCCGUCGUGCCGGGCCUCGACGGCGGCGCCGUCGACGCGCUGUAUCCCAAGUACCUGCACGCCGUCUCCGGUCAAGAUGGCGACGACGGCCCGUGCGCCAUCUGCGCGCGGCGACGCGCUGCGGCGCGGUCCGGGGUGCGGCCACGGCUUCCACGCGUGCUGCGCCGAGCGGUGGCUCCGGGUGAGCGCCACCUGCCCCAUGUGCCGCGACUCGCCCGUCGCCAAGAGCAUCCCAUGGCCGUCCGGAAGCUGGGAAAUUUCCCUUUGCCGCCAUUGUGACGGAGUCCGACUCGAAGGCAGGGGAGCGACUCGGAAUGUCGGAUUCUAAUCUGCAGCCGGGCAGGCAAUCCGAUUCGAUUGCUCUGGAAACUGGAAACCGAGUCGACUACAGACCUCCGAUCCGAACCGGGAACAACCCCAACUGGCCUAUAAAUCCAUGGCAACCCUCCCCUCCGGUGCUCCAUCCAUCCAUCCACCCAUAACCUUCUCCCUUCUGCCACCGCCGCCGCUCUGAUCCCACUUUCCCAGAGUCAUGGAGAUGGCGGCGCCGGUCCCGGUGAUCUUCUCCCGCGGCUUCCGCUUCAACCCGACGCCACUCGAAGCCGCCACCUACUACCUCCCCCGCCUCGUCGCCGGCGCGCCGCUGCACGAGGCCGUGCGCCCCGUCGUCAACCACGCCGACGUCUACGGCUGCGAGCCCGGCGACCUCGCCCGCCAGUUCUGCCCGCUGCCCAGGACCGGGCACCGAUUCUUCUUCACCCACUGCAAGCUGCAGCAGCCGCAGAGGGCGGGGAAGGCCAGCAGGGCCACGCGCGUCGCCGGCUCCGGGUCGUGGCACUCGCAGAGCGUCAAGGACGUCGUGGACCACGCCGGUGUCAAGGUCGGCGAGAUCAGGAAGCUCCGGUACAAGAAGGGCGGCGAGUACACGGACUGGCUCAUGGACGAGUACUCGUGCUGCUUGGAGGACGCCGUCGCCGGCGACAAGCAGUUCGUGCUCUGCAACAUCUACGUGUCCCCCAGAGCCGAUCAAGGCUCCGCGGCGCGCCAAGAAUCUGCCGCCUUCUUCGCUCCACCUGCGCCUGCGCCCGUCGUGAUCCUCGCGCAGGCAGCGGCGGCGCCCAAGAGGCCAGCGCCGCAGAGUGCCGAGCCGCCUUGCCCCAAGCGGAUGCGGGGUGCCGUCGCCCCGACGCCUCCGGUCGUGCAGCCGGCGGGUUAUUGCACGGCGUCCUUCGCCCCACCACUGCCGUACCCGUACGUGCCUCACAUCGCCGCUUCAGCUCAGCCUCCGCCGCCGCCAGUUCCGACCCGUCUUAUAGCGCCGCCGCAGAGUCGCUCGCCGGCGCCCACACCACUGCAGUCGCGUUCGCUACCUAAGCAGCAGGCGCCGCCGCCGACUCUCUCGGUGGUACGUGCCUGCCACAUGCCAGUGGAAGAACCGGCACGUCACUGCCAACCGCCUCAGCCGUCCGAGCAGAGGAAGCAAAGCACACGUGAUCCGUUUGAAGCCGCUGAACAAAGAGACGAAGCAGAGGAAGAAAGGGUCGCAGCGCCUGUUGAUGAAGAUGACGACUGGGCCGAGUUGGAAAAGUGCAUGGACGACGCCGUGCCAACAGCCGAGGGCUCAACGAUGAGUGAGGACGAGAUGGACCAGCACUUAUCCUCGUUGUUGUUUGAGGAGGAAGAGAUCAUCCCGGAUGCAAUUGCAGCACCUGAUCCGGCGUCCAAGGGAUCCAAAUCGGCGCUUCAAGAUGACUUGGACUUGUUUCACAAGAUACUGGACGACACCUUACGACGAUCGAGUUCAACAAUGGCUAUUUGACGAGCUUGCCUGGACACGAAGAAGCAGUAGCAGCUGUGGAAGAGCUCCACACAGAAGAAGGCUUCCCGAUCACAUCUCGUGGUAGGAAUGUAGGAUCGCAGCACAUGUGAAAUUUUUCUGUGGAUGGAAUUUUACAUGCCAUCCUGAAUGUAAAUGUAAAUGUAAAUGUUGAU